AUGACAAUGGCUUUUACCGAUCCUCUCCAAUACCUUGGCGCGGCCACAGCUCUCUUCCUGACUCUCAAGGUCGUUCAUUUCGCCACUCCAUACCUCACGCCAAGCAAAUUGCACCGCUACCAACAUGACGGAAACUCCUGGGCUCUGGUGACUGGCAGCACUUCCGGCAUAGGCGAAGGUUUCGCUCACGCUCUCGCAAACAAGAAAUUCAAUCUGCUUCUCCAUGGCCGCAAUCAAACCAAACUGGAUAAACUGGUCAAGGAGCUCAAUCAGCAAUAUCCAGACGUGCAGGUCAAGACAGUCAUAGCAGAUGUCUCCGACAUCGACGUCGACGUCUCCGCCAUCGUCUCUGCUGCCUCUUCACUUCCCGGCAAACUCACUAUCUUAAUCAACAAUGUCGGCGGCGCUCCACUGUCACCUUCCUACGGCACGUUAACAGAGGUCGACGCGAACUAUGUGGAUAAAAUGAUCAAUCUGAAUUCCCGCUCACCUACCCAAUUGACCAGAGAAAUGCUACCGCUUCUAACAAACAACUCGCCUGCAUUGAUCAUGAGUACUUGCUCCGUCACUGGAUACCGCGGUCUUCCUUAUCUAGCAGUCUACUCAGCAACCAAAGCCUUCAACUACACUUUCAACGAAGCCAUGGCUACGGAACUCCUUGCAGAAAGCAAGAAUAUCGAAAUGUUGGGUAUUGUGGUUGCGAGCGUGGUUAGUGCGGGUAAUAAAACUACUGAAGGCGUGUUUACAUGUAAUGCUAGGAAGAUGGCUGAGGAGGCAUUGGGAAGAGUUGGAUGUGGAAGGGCGCAGGUUAUUGGGUGGUGGAGGCAUGCUGUGCAGUGGUGGUUGAUGAGUUUGCUGCCAGCGUGGGCGUUGGAGAAGGCGUUGAUUGGGGCUAUGACUGAUAGGAGGGUGCAGGAACAGAAGGGGGAGUAG